AUGGGCGAUGGAAUGUGUUACAGCUCUGCAAUGAGACGUCUGUGGGUCUGUGUCUUGCUUUUGAGCGUCACCUGCCGUCUGAGCCUCUCCCAGGAUGUAACGGGAACUCCCAAAGAGGCCGAACUGAAUGACAACAUCACCAUCUUCACCCGCAUCCUGGACGGACUGCUGGACGGGUAUGACAACAGACUGCGCCCGGGACUGGGAGAGAAGGUUACGGAGAUCAAAACCAACAUCUUUGUCACAAGCUUUGGUCCGGUCUCCGACACUGAAAUGGAAUACACUAUUGACGUGUUCUUCCGUCAGAGCUGGAAAGAUGAACGACUUUGCUUUAAAGGCCCGAUGGAGAUGCUUCCUCUGAAUAACCUCCUGGCCAGUAACAUCUGGACUCCGGACACCUUCUUCCUCAACGGGAAGAAAUCCAUCGCUCACAAUAUGACCACUCCGAACAAGCUGCUGCGGCUGAAAGACGACGGGACGCUGCUCUACACCAUGAGACUGACCAUCUCAGCAGAGUGUCCCAUGCAGCUGGAGGACUUCCCGAUGGACGCCCACGCUUGUCCCCUCAAAUUUGGAAGCUAUGCGUAUCCGGUCUCGGAGGUGGUCUACACCUGGACUCAGGGAGCAGCAAAGUCAGUGGUGGUGGCUGAGGAAGGCUCCCGACUCAACCAAUACCACCUGAUCGGUCAGACUGCUGGGACAGAAGACAUCUACACCAGCAGAGGUCAAUACACCGUGAUGAUGGCUCACUUCUACCUGAAGAGGAAGAUCGGAUACUUUGUCAUCCAGACCUACAUGCCUUGCUUCAUGACUGUCAUCCUGUCGCAGGUUUCCUUUUGGCUCAACCGGGAGUCUGUGCCGGCACGGACCGUCUUUGGUGUGACCACCGUGCUCACCAUGACCACUCUAAGCAUCAGUGCUCGUAACUCGCUGCCUAAAGUGGCCUACGCCACCGCCAUGGACUGGUUCAUCGCCGUCUGCUACGCCUUCGUCUUCUCCGCGCUCAUCGAGUUCGCCACGGUCAACUACUUCACCAAGAGGAGCUGGGCCUGGGAUGGGAAGAAGGCGAUGGAGGCCCAACAGCCCAAGAAGAAGGACCCUUUGGCUCUUUCUAAAAAGCCGAACAACACCUGUCCGUCCGGCGUGAAUUACACGACCAACCUCACGAAGGACGCGUCCAUCUCCACCAUUUCCAACAGCACGGCGGUUCAGCUCAAACCCUCUGAAACCAAGGCCCCGGACCCCAAAAAGACUUACAACAGUGUGAGCAAGAUCGACAAGAUGUCCAGAAUCGUGUUCCCGGUGCUGUUUGGGACCUUCAACCUGGUGUACUGGGCCACGUAUCUCAAUAGGGAACCAGUGAUCAAAGGAGCUGUUUAA